GGAGAAAAUGGAUACCACAGAGAAAAAAAAGGAUUCACCAUCAAAAUAAUACACUAAGUUAUUUGAGGGAUGUUGCGACACUGGCAUCUCCACAUGGUUUGAGACGUGCACGUUUAUAAAUAAAUAUUCCUGCUGUGUCGCUACCGCGCAUUCGCGCUCAGCAGCUGUGGAGCUGACCGUGGUGCUGAACACUCGUUCGGUCAAUCACCUCAACCACUGCACGCUGGACACGAAAGCGUCUGGACCUCAACACCUCCGAUACCCACAACUACAUGGGAUUUCGGGGGAAAGCCUGAAGUAAUCGGGCGAAAUGAAUCCGGAGGGAAACCGCCCUUAAUUUUAAGCUUGAUAUCAACAUUGCAUUUUGGAAAGUCAGUAUUAAACCUGCUGCUGACAUGGACUUUCGGGCACGGAGUCGCUGAACAUGAUAUCCAUCGUGAGAUUCCUGCAGCUUCUUAACUUAAUUUAAUGUUUCAUUUUAGUCCGUUCGGUACGUCAUUUUUCAUAAUGUUAUAAACUAGCCGUGUAAAAGCAAAAAGACAACUACAUUUAUUUGGAUUCGUUGACAUUUUAUUUUCUGGAGGAAAACAACCCAGGCUGAGAUAUGGCUCGUCUUCUUGUUUUCGUUAACUCUGUCGGACUGUUGCUCUUCGGAAGUCAAAUGUUUUUGGUGGGAGCAAACCGUCCACCUGCUCCAGUGAAUGUGUCAGUCAUGCACCUGAGAGCUGAUUCAGCAACAGUAUCCUGGGAAGUACCUGAGGGUGACAUCAUCAUUGGCUUUUCCAUCUCACAACAGAGAAUGGACGGUAAAAUGCAGAGGUUUAUCAGAGAGGUCAACACCACCAGUAGAUCCUGCGUGCUGUGGGACCUGGAGGAAGAGACAGAUUACAUCAUCCAGGUGCAGUCCAUCGGUCUUUACGGCGAGAGUCAAGCCAGCAAACGCGUCCACUUCAGAACCCUCAAGAAAACCGACCGCUUCCCAUCAAACAGCUCAAACCAAGAUGACCCAACUGUGCAAGGCCUGGAUAAAUCUAGACACCUACAGACAGGCGAGAUGAUCAUCAUUGUGGUUGUGCUUCUUAUGUGGGCAGCUGUAAUCGCACUGUUUUGCCGGCAGUAUGACAUCAUAAAGGAUAAUGAUUCCAGCAACAGUAAAGAGAAGGUAAAGCCGUCCUCAGAGAGAAGCACACCAGAACACCACAGUGGAGGGCUGCUCCGGAGCAAGAUCCACCAGUCUGUGCCAUCCAUCAACAUCAUCGAGGUGUGAUGGAGUAUUCUAGACGUCAGUCACGCCCUCCAUUGCACCACCUGCAGUAUCGGGAUGAAAGUGUAUCGCUCAUAUUCUCCAUCAACUAUCCGCAUGGAAUGGCACGCCGGCUGUACUGUUAUCGGUUGCCCCUGAAGCUAACACUCAGUCCACCCAUAUACAGACAUGCACAUGUAUAUUAAAGCAAUGUACUCCUGUUGAGAGGUGGGGGUGUAAACGCAUACAGUAAUGUAUAGUCAGACUGUAUGUAUACUGUAUAGUUGAUGACAAUACAAUAGAAGGGGAAAUCCUCAAAUUUAGCGAGCUUGACUUAGGCGUGUCAUAACAUACCGGUAUUGACAAUAACCGUGAUAUUAAAAUUAUGAUUAUGAAUAAUGUAGAAAAGUUUUGUCUUACGAGUCACAAUAAACACUUGAAUUACCCAAAAAGACAAAAAUGGACAAAUCCAGUGUUAUGGAUGUGACAUAUUCAGUCAAAACUUGAAAUAUAAUUUCUCAGAGAAUGUAUUUAUGUCCAAUAUAUUGAAUCAGCUGAUUAUAUUUUACGAAACGCCUGAUGAUAGGGCCAGACAUCAGACAAAUAUCAGUUUAUGCAUGAGUUUUCUAUUUUAAUAUAGGGGGAAAUUCAUGUGUUAUGGAUGUGACAAAAAGGAUGCACGUUUUUGUGAGACAACGUACUUUGUGAGAUUUCUGUAAAUUAAAAUGUGCGAACCAGAUGCAAUAAUACCCAACAAAUGGAGAAGGGAUGGCUCCUUAUAGAACAUAAAAUAGUUACUAUAUUUUAAUUUUCAUGUGCCCAUUUUUGAGGAAUAUGGACCGUUAUGAAAGUGACAAUUCCGUUAUGGAUGAGACAAUUCACUUACCUGACUAUAAAAAACUAUGCUUUAUAAACUUCACAUGGAUAUUUAAUCACCGAAUAUUGACAUUUGGGUAAAUAUGGUGAAACCUUUGGUAAAAAACAGUUUUUUUAUCUUAAGGUUGACAUUUGCAAUUGCACUCUUAAAAAUUAAGCUUCUUAAAAGGUCACAGCGAUGCCAUAGAAGAACCAUUUUUGGUUCCACAAAGAACCAUUCAGUCAAAGGUACUUUAAAGAACCAUUUCUUUCUUACUUUUUCAUAAUCUGAAGAACAUUUUGUGAAACAGAAAGGUUCAUCAGAUGUUAAAGGUUCUUUAUGGAACCAAAAGGUUCUUCUUUGGCAUCAAAGAACGUUUUGAAGCACCUUUUUUUAAGAGUGUGCCCAAGUACAAAAUAAACUAAGAAAAUAUGUAUUUGACUGAUAUUAUUAAUUUACAAGAAGAAAUCCUAACAAAAUAUGGUCAUAAUAUUACUAGAGUCUUUUGGCCAUGAUAACUGUGUAGUGAAAAUCUGAUAUUGUGGCAGCCCUAGCUUGACUACAUCAUGGGUGUUUCCUCUUGUAUUGUAGAGAAUAGUGGAAGGAAAGUGUAUUUUUGAUAUACCAAACUAUCUCAUGGUUUCUACUUUUUAAUAACAUGUUGUGUUUUGUUCGUGCAUGCACAUCUCAUGGUCCAGUCGCUUCUUGGAACUGCACCGAGAUAUUGCAACAGGUGUACAGAGGCACUGCAUUAGAUUCAGCUUGUGGUGUUAUUUGAUCAGACAUAAAAAAUGAAAAAGUUCAGAAAUGUAAAUUCUGUUAUCAUUUACUGGUAUAGACUGUUUCAUAAAGGAGAUCUGGAUAUUUUUUCACUAAAACCGAUCAUGGAAUGAUCGGCAAACCGCAAAUACUUUCUCUCUGACAUUGUUGGCUGAUUUAUUAAGUGUGAGUCAUAAUGUACUGCCAUUGUAUUCAAUCCACUCAGCAGGAUAUUGAAAUGAUUUCUGGAGGCAGUAAGUUAUACAGCUUUGGAACAACAUGAGGGGGAGUGAAUGAUGAACAUUGUCAUAUUUGGGUGAGCUGUUACUUUACUCUGGUGAAUGGGAUGAAAGAUAAGACUGAUGCAAAGUUUUGUCAUUUCUACUUGCACUUAUCAUCACUUCACAUCUUUACAUAUUCUAAAUACAUUUGAAAUAUUUGUUUAUUUAUCUAGUUAAUCCAAGAGAUUGCCUAUUAGUAUAAAUACAUGUUUAAAGCAGUUGAAAGUAUUAGAUUUUGAUAAAAAAGAGUGUUUUUUCAUAAAUCCUGCCGUUUUAGGAGCAAAAGUGUGGACAUUAGUUUCGUAUACAUGUGUUCAUAGCCCAUACUUUUUCUCUACAGUAGUAUAUGCUAAUACCUAAAUUCUGCCAGACUAAAUAUUGUACAUAAUUGCUAAUCUCACUGUGUACAUUUGACUUUAUAAAAAAAGAGAAAUGAAUUGUUUGUUAUUAAGAAUAUGCCAUGAAUCAUGCCAUAGCAUCAUGAGAAAAGCAUGCAUGGUUGUUAGCAAUUCUGAACUCAUAUGUUACAAUUGAUGCUCUCUGUUUCAAUUUGGGCAAGGGACACAAAAAUGGAACUGGUUUUGGUAUCUUCUAUUUCUCCCUAUCAUCAAUUUUAAUAAAGGCAUUGAUGGA